UCUUUUAUAGCUUGAAAAAGGCUCGGCGGGUUUUGUAGCUCUCGCUUGACGAUGGCCCGGACAAAGCAGACUGCUCGCAAAUCCACCGGUGGAAAAGCGCCCCGAAAGCAGCUGGCUACUAAGGCUGCUCGCAAGAGCGCUCCGGCCACAGGCGGAGUGAAAAAACCACACCGCUACCGCCCGGGCACUGUGGCCCUGCGAGAAAUCCGCCGUUACCAGAAGUCUACGGAGCUGCUGAUCCGCAAGCUGCCUUUCCAGCGCUUGGUGCGCGAGAUCGCCCAGGAUUUCAAGACCGACCUGCGCUUCCAAAGCUCGGCGGUCAUGGCCCUCCAGGAGGCCAGCGAGGCUUACUUGGUCGGCCUCUUCGAAGAUACCAAUCUCUGCGCCAUCCACGCCAAGCGGGUCACCAUCAUGCCCAAGGACAUCCAGCUGGCCAGGCGCAUCCGCGGGGAGAGAGCUUAAGCCGCUCUUCGCAGUUUUUGUAGCGUUCAUUCCAUCAUCCAAAGGCUCUUUUAAGAGCCACUA